GUAUCAUACUAGUGAAGUAACAUGGAAGUACACGGCAUUUUGUGUUGUUUGAUAUCGCGUUGACUAACCGAGCCUCCCUCGGUAGUUUCUCUCCGCCAAUGAUAAUUCGUGUUUCGGGAUAAUGACAGGUCAGCUCUUCGUCAGCCGCUCUGUAGGUAGAGGACCGAAGGUAAGCCAUGACAACUAGUGUCUAAAUGUGCGUCUGGUUCCACUUGAGUGACCAUGCCGAGCCAAACGACGUCCCCGCCGCUGACAGUGACUGUGCUGGCCGCGCUGUGGGUCAGUUUGGGUCGGUGCGGUGUCUCCGAGUCUCCGGGGCCCGGAUGUGACAACGGAAAGCUGUCUUUGGAUAGGGACCUGCCUGUGGACGCUGCGUAUUGGGACUGUCCAGGGUCCACCUGGCCAGAGUCUGCACAGAGACUUCCCAGUAUUGACAAAGUGUAUGAUCCUGCGCCAGCCAAGCAGGUGUGCAUGGACAAAUCUAUUUCCUACAACCACACAAUUCCCAACAGUGGAGCUUACAGACCAGUAGGGGCAGAGAGUGGAGAGUACUUGUACUGUCCUCCUCAACGGUGGCUCAAUAACCUGCACCAUGGAGCCACUGUUUUGCUCUACCAUCCCUGUGCUCCUCGCCACGAGCGUCUGCUUCUGUCUGUCCUGGCCCGCUCCUGUCUGCCAGGCUACAUCAUUACGUCACAUCCACAGCUCAAUGAACAUGUGCCAAUAGCCUUGGUGUCAUGGGGUCACACCCUGGAGCUGACCACUCUGGCCUCCUCAGAUGUCUGCGGUUGGCUGGAGACCACAACAUCCAUGAGAAAUACGUCUGGUGGUGUGAGCCAGAGCAGGAACUACAACCUGCUGCUAACCUGGUCAGCCAAGCAGCACCAGCAGCAACACGCACACCCAGAGAAACACUCAGCAGCGAUGAAGGAGUCUGUGAGACGCUGCUGUGAGCGGACCAUCUCUGCUCUGCUGAAUGGAGCGAUGGAGACAGAGUCCAACAUAAAGAAGGAAAGCUUGAAAUACAUAAAAGAGGAAGGCAAAAGGAGGCAGAUAAGAGCUGCCAUUAGAGAAACACAGGAGAAUAACAAGGAUGAGAAAAACAAAAGACAAAAUGCAGUCACACACCAGAGCAACAGAACCACCCUCAGCACGACAGAGGAUGUCCAGAACUACAACAGCACACCUGGACCAUCAGCAGGAAACAAGACUCUCUCUGAUCCUUCAGGUCCCAAGGAAGUUCCUUCCCAGUCUAAUAUCCAAAUCAUAAACCAGGGCCUAACACCCAGGCCCACAAUUUCUUCGAGGUCAAAUAUGUCUGAGACGACACUAAACAGUGAGGCUAUUGCAUCUCAGAAAAGCAGACUAACACUACAAACAACAGCACAGCAGCUCAGUCCUAAACCUCCUGACCCCAGAAACCCAAACCCCUCUGCUGGAUUAGAUGUUCUUGCUCAUGGUGUGAACAUGGAGCAUAACGAUACUGCCAGACCUGAUACCCUGGCCCUCAGUUCCAAAGAUGAAGGUACAGACUCAGCCAAACAGAGAGACAAAGACUCUGUCAAACAAAGCCUCAAAGAGAACGUCUCUCAAGGGACAAACUUUAAUAAAGGCACCACAGCAGAUGGCACGAUGAAGGAUAAUGAAGUAGUAGAUGUUAAAGAGAGAGAGCUGGAACAUAGGCAAACACACAGUCACUCACACUCUCAUCACAAGAGUGAAAAGACUGGCUUUGAUUCGGUUUCCAAAUCCCAAUCGGAGCCUCCGCCUAGGCCACAACAACACCAGAACCCACAGCCCAACAGCCACGACUGUGGAAGCUGCAGAGCGGGCGAACAGUGUGAAUGUAACAAGGACUCAGACGCCUCAGCCACUGUUGUGAAUAAGGGGUUCCCAAGGACUCCGAGGACAGACGAGGCGGUGUGGGCAGCAGCGGCACUGGGCUUCCUGCUGAUUCUCCUGACCUUGUCAGUGCUUCACACACGCCUGUACCGACACUGGAGGACCGCGCCCAGUCUUUACUGGCAUGACCCACAGCAGGACUACGACAGUGUUGCAGAUGUGAUCCGCAGGAGGCUACGAAUUGCAAACAGGAGACGUAAAAGAGGCAGAAGACAGGAGUGUGUUCUUCUGCCCAGCUCCUCCAGCUCAGAUGAAUAUCCAUAAGAACAUGAAGGAAAUAUCCCCAACAAUGUCAAGAACGCACUCAAGUGUCAUUUCAUGGAGAGGAGGUGAAGAGAGGACAAUACUUGCAACAAUGAAGACUGCGACUCAUUAUCAGGGCAGCAUUCCUAAUCUUCAUACUUUCCAUACGCAUGCAGCUGUCUUGUACUCUUGCUGUUUAUCUGACAGAGCUGGACUGGACCAACUCUGUCAAAAAAAGAUGCUGGAUAUGAAAAGCUGAGGCUGAAAUGCCACAACUGCUGAAGGGUCAGUUCGAUUCCUUGUCUACAUUGAUUGUGUACAGAGCAAUUUCGCCUCUUGCAUUUAUUUAUUUUUUUGUUAGAUUGGGAUUGUCAUUAUAUCUACUCCUCGCGAAGAAGGGAGAGCAGAAAAACAUUUUUUAAUCAUUAAAAAUGAUGUACUACUAUAAUUAACAGCCAGAACACAAAUGAUUUCUUAGCAACUGGUAUAUGUACGUCAUAGACUUAACAUUCAGUCCUUCAAACCACAGCCCCUAAAUCACAAACAUCAAAGAAUAUUAACAAAAGACGCCAGUGUAUGUGACGUAAGCUCACACAACCCCUGUCACUUAUGUGGUUCUGCAUUAGUCCCUUCAGGACAUCCCUAUAAACACGACAUCAAAGAGAAGUCCUUGGGUUUUAUUAAAUGACUGGCAAAUUGUAGGGUUUUUUUUCCCUUUUUUAUGACGUGUGUCUGAUCGCACUCUCGUACACACUGCACAGUGUACACGCCUCAUUUUGCUCACUCCAUUUAUCACAAUUAGUACGACGUCUCCCUUUCUGGAUUCUCAGUUUUCCAACCCGGGGAUUGUUUUUGUUGCGCUACAUUUUAUCAGAACUUGUCUUUAUAAAUAGUUUUGUAGUAAUAGGUUGCUUUUACCUGCGAAGGUUUGUUAUGUGAAUAUUAAGUUGCUGUUCUAAGCAACACUGUGUGCGCUAUGAGUUGAUAUUAAAUGGUACGAACGUGUUAACAUUAUUUUGAAAACUGUUUCGGACAGAUUUUAGAGAAGGAUUUACAAAGACAAUAAAUUUCAUGACAGAAGUGUGGAGCGUGUGGACCUCGAAUCUUUUAACACCAUAAGCAAAUGUUAGACAGACCAGUAGGACCAGUUAUAAUCGACCAAUAACUGGAUUUUUGAAGCUGAAACCAAUAUCAGUAUUUGAUAUAUGAAUUUAAUAUUUUUUUAAAUUGAAAUUUAUGAUAAGGAUCCCUCAGGUUUGUUGGUUUUAAGAAUUGUGGUGAGUGCUCUACAUAAUCGAGACACUUUCUAAAUUAUCUCAGACUCAUUGAAUGCAUUUCUGAGCUUUAAUUUUUAUUUGAUGGACACAGAUGUAUUGGCUAAUCUAUCAGUCUAGCUCUAAUCUUCAGAAAGAAGUAUGAAAUAUACAUUUUACAACCACAUGCACUAUAAAAAUAAGAGCUCAUUUGUUUAGAAAAGAAAUGUAAUAUGGUUUAUCACAUGGAUUUGAAAUGCUAUGAUGGGUUAUAGUGGUUGUAGUUGUAGUUAACUAAACACUUUCCCUGUGAGGUCGUCAGUUGUUCUUUUCUGGAACUUGUUAAUGGAAAUAAACCAAUGCACUAACAGUGGCUGAGUGUCUUCAUUAGAACACUGAGGGCUCAGUCACCUCAACAAAGCAAAAUAAUUACCUUUAAUGGUGGCAAUUAAAAAACUAUUUUCACACAAGGGGGCUCUGCAAAUUAAAUUUUAAAUAAGUACAAUGUUUGUUUUAUGAAGAAAAAUUAGAAGUGUUACAGAAAAGUCUGCAAGCAUCAAAUUUAAGCAUUAGUGUAGGGUAAAAGGUAUGGGAUAAUUAAAACCAUUAAUUCAGGUAUCAGGUAUAAAAAGAUGCAACAACUAAACGCAAUACUUUAAGGUGUUAUGCAUCGUAUACCAUUUAAUGUCAUCAGCAUCAUAGUAAGUAACAUUUUUGCCUUUAACACAGAAAUCUUUUGGCACUCAUUCUUGACUGAAACCAAGAUGGUAAUUAUGUUAUAUAGUGACGGGGAGUGGACGUUCCUACCAAUAUUCAAGUGUGCUCAAAAGCCUCAUUUCCCCCGAGCAGUCCCAUACCGUACGCUUUUGUCUAGUUUUAUUAGUAGACUGUAACUAUAAAAUGAAAGGAUGUUAUGCUGCCUCUUGAAGCAGCUGGAGGCUGAGAAAAAAAUAACAAUUCACUGGGCUGACUGCGAGUGACUUUUAAGGUGGAACAUUAACUCGGAAUUUUACUCAAUAUGAGUUAAUAACGUGAAUCAAUCAGCACACCUUCAUUUUCACUGUGACAACUUUGACCAUCACUUUAGUUUUUAUAUGACAUACACUUUUAGUAAUGAGUGGAUCUUCGAGCGUUUUAUAUAAAUGAAUUUCGGCCGGAUUAUGUGAACCACGUAAAUUCUAAUCCUCACUUGGAGGAAAAAAAAAUGUUGCGGAGUGUCAUUCCUGUAGGUUACAGCAACACUAAACCCCUGAGCUUGCCUGAGAAAGACUGAAUGCAGAAACCCGCUAUUAAACAUCCACUGGAGAGAGGCCUGGUAUAUUCUGAAAAUGUUGGCGUGCAACCUCAUUCUGUGGACAUAAACGAGGUCCAGACUUCCAUCUGUGUCAAACACUAGGGUCUAGGUACCGUGUCUAAAGGGUUACAUUUGGUUCCAAAGGUGCCAUGCUGAAAGUGUCUGAUGGAAACGGAGCUAAAAUGACCCCCCACAUAAACCUAAUAAACUGACAUUAUUGUUUCUUCUGGUUCUAGUAUUAUUCUUAUGCGGUUCUGCAUGUGGUUUGUCCAUGUGGUGUUGCCGUCCCCCAGUAGAAGCCGUUGCUUCACUGCUGUGGGUGGGUGGUUAGGGACCUCAACUCUCUGCUAGAUUGGUCCCGUCCAGUGUUAACUCCAUGGUCUUGACUGAGACUGUCCUGAACAUUGCAGAGUUAUAAGUUCACAUUU